AUGACAAAGAAAGAAAGAAUUCUAGAAAAAAGAAACCAAACGGCCCUGCGGAACGCUCUGCUUACCCCUCGCUGCCUCCUCCUUCGCGCCAUGGCCGAGGAGGAUGUCGAAGUCAGGCUCGAGGACCAGCAGGCACUGGAGCUGGUGCUGGCCAUCAACCAGUUUGGGCGGCUGAACACGCGGAUGCACGAGCUCGAGGACGAGAUCAAGGAGAAGCGCUCGCAGCACGACCAGCUAGACGACGCGGCCAACGAGCUCAUCCUUGCGGACGACGACGAGCCUGUGCGAGUGCAGUACGGCGAAUGUUACUUUGAGGUCGGCAAAGAGCGCGCAGACGAGUUGCUCGAGUCGCGCAAGGACGCGGUGGCCGACGAGAUCUCGGAGCUCGAGAGCCAACUCGGCACGAUCCGGCAGACGCUCGCCGGACUCAAAAAGCAGCUAUACGCACGCUUCGGAGGCAACAUCAACUUGGAAGAAAACUGA